AUGUUGGACCGGCUCAUCCUCAACGGCUACGAAGCGUCCCCGAGCGAGAUGCAGGAGGUAGUACGUGUCACCUGGGAGGACAAGGAGGACAACGCAGCACGGCAGAGCAUCUCCAGGCGUGGGAGGUGCGCGGCGAGGCAUACGGUGGUGACUGACCUAGAGACUCUGCUGACCCGCUGUGCAGAAGCAGUGGCCAGCAGCGACAUGUGCGGCGCGAGCAAGCUGCUGGAGCGGAUCAAGUGUCACUCAUCGCCGAGAGGGGACGCUAGGCAGCGGCUGGCGCACUACUUUGCCCAGGGGCUGGAGGCACGGCUGGCUGGCACGGGGAGCCGACUGUACCGAUCGCUCAUGGGGAAGCGCACCUCAGCCGUGGAGCUCAUCAGGGCCUACCAUCUGCACACGGCCGCGAGCUGUUCGAUCAAGGUGGGGUUGUUCUUUUCCACCAACACCAUCUACAAGGCCGUUGCAGGGAGGAGGAAACUGCACAUUGUGCACUACGGCAUCAGCACCGGGUUUCAGUGGCCGGACUUGCUCGGGUUACUGGCGAAUAGGGAGGGUGGGCCACCAGAAGUGAGGAUCACCGGCAUCAACACCCCUCAGCCCGGGCCCUGUCCGGCUGCACUAAUGGAGGAGGCAGGGCACCGGCUCAACAAUUACGCAAGCCAGUUCGGCGUGCCAUUCAAGUUCCGCGCCAUCGCAUCCAAGCUGGAGGAUGUCCGGGCUGAGGACCUGCACAUCGAUCCAGAUGAGGUCCUGGUCGUGAGCAGCCUAUACGAGUUCAGGACCUUGAUGGACGAGAGCCUCACCUCUGACAUGCUAAGCCCAAGGGACAUGGUACUCAACACUAUCAGUAAGAUGAGGCCGUCUGUGUUCGUCAGUUCCGUCGUCAAUGGACCAUACAGCGCGGCGUUCUUUAUGACGCGGUUCCGCCAUGCGCUCUACUACUUCUCGGCGUUGUUCGAUAUGAUGGAGACCACCGUUCCAUGGGUCGCCAAGAGACUUCUGGUGGAGCGGGACAUAUUUGCACGGUCUGCCAUAAAUAGGAUCGCAUGUGAAGGCACAGACCGGGUGGAGCGCCCUCAGAACUACAAGGAGUGGCAGACGCGGAACCAGCCAGCGGGGCUAAGGCAGCUGCCAUUGGACCCUGAUAUUGUUCUGAUUCUCAAGGACGAAGUGAAGAAUCGGUACCACAAGCAUUUCAUGAUCUGCGAGGAUCAUCGGUGGCUUCUGCAAGGAUGGAAAGGCCGGGUGCUCUAUGCCCACUCCACAUGGGCAGCUGCUGAUGCUACUGGUUCUCUAGUGUGA